UUCACUCGUUGAUGGCAUUUGUAACGUAUAUAGCUGGACAGACACCAUUUCCUGAGUUCAGUGCUGUGCUGAUGUUAGAUGAUGUGCAAAUAGGAUAUUAUGACUCGGUCACAUGGAAACCUUUCUAUCGCACUAACAGUACUGAUUUGCAGUUCCAUGAAGAAGAACAAAAGGAUGCUGAUAUUGUAUUUCGCGAUAUGUAUAACAUCUUUAAAGACAGAGCAUUUUAUCUUAAGGAGCAGCAAAAUCACACAGAUGGUGUACAAGUUCAUCAGAGAAUUGCUGGAUGUGAAUUGUUAAACGAUGAUAAACCAGGUCUACUUCAGAGAUGGGAUGCUUUAGAUGGACAAAAUAUAGAAGAGUUAAUUUUUGACAUAGAAAACAACAAAACCCAGACAAAAAUGACAUGGCGGCCAUGGGACCAACAUAAAUGGAUUCGUGUAAAGUAUAUGUAUGAAAAUGUUUAUCACCCUCUUUGUAUGAAAGUUUUGCGGAGGUAUUUGUAUAUGGAAAAGAACAACGUGCUGAGAAAAGUAAAACCCAGAGUCAGAUUCAUGAAUAAGACCCUCACAGACUCUCAAGGGCUUCAGAUCAGCUGUCUGGCCACUGGUUUUUACCCCCGUCACAUUAACCUGAUCCUGUUCAGAAAUGGUCAGCUUGUGGAUGAUGAUCAGAUCACAGGAGGAGAGAUUCUGCCCAACGGAGACGGAACUUACCAGAUGAGGAAGAGUUUGGUAAUCAGUGAAGAAGAACUAUGUGAGGAACAUAAAUACAACUGCACAAUGAAGCACCUCAAUUUGGAAAACAAACUGGACAUCACAUAUGAUGUGGCUGAAUGUGACCCAGGAUCUUUCAGUCAGUCUGUAGUUUUCAGUGUGCUGGUGUUCAUGUGUGUGGCUGUUCUCAUAAUAAUUGCAGUCAUCGUAUGGAGGAAGAGACGAGCUGCUGGACAGGGAACUGGGACAUCACAGAGUAAAUACUCCCCUUACUCCAUCUUCGAUGCGCGAUAAAACAUGAAAAGUGCUUGUUGGAUGCUAUUUGAAUUGUGCUACGAUGGCCUUCAAAUGACAUAAAAAAAAUACAAAGACAAAGGAACAUAUGUAGGUAAAUGUAUGCAGUAUGCAACAUAAAACUUGGCAUAUGUGGCCUGAAAUCAUAAUAUUGUUUAUGAACAAUAUCUCCUGCUGUAUUAUUCUAUUUCUGGGCAGUUGUGGCCUAAUGGUUAGAGAGUUGGACUUGGACUAAUCCGAAGGUUGUAGGUUAGAGUCUCAGUACCGGCAGGAAAGGUGGGGGACUGAUUGUACAGCACUCUCCUCAGCGCUCUUCAGUGCUUUUCAUACCCACAACUGAGCAAGGCACCUAAACCGCAAUUGCACACCGGGCCCUGCAGCACUGCUCGGGGUGUGUGUUUAAAACUCUUUGUGUGUCCACUUGGAUGGGUGAAAUGCAGAGCAUAAAUUCCAAGUAUGGGAAAUUCCAAGUCACGUCACUUUAACUUUCUGUCAUGGCAACUCUCUAGUUUGGUUUGUGCUGCAACUGCUAUAGCAAACCCUAAAUGUCAAGCAGCAAGCUCAUUGGCAUAUGAUGCUAUAGAAACCAAUCAUGUGCGCCAUGUAGAAAACUAUGUGAUUGCUAUCAGUUAUACAGUAUGUACUAUGUAACCUAUCAAUCUGUGCCAUAUUGAGUUUCAAGACAAAACUUUGUAUUUCUGUUGAGACUUUGGCAUGGUAACAGAUUUUACAAUGUUAAUGUAUUUGGUCUUGGCAGAACAGAUCUGCUAUGCUGCUGCUGCUGCUGCUGCAGAGCAAGGAGAGAGAUACUGCCAAUACGUACAUGGACACACUUCUGUGUGCAUUUAACAUGCUGCUGCUAACUUGUUCCCCUGCUUCAUGAUCUCCGCUCCAAGUUUGUAUAUUUGUUGUAUUAUUGUGUGGUUGUCCUUUAAAAGUAUCUGGGUUCUGAGAGUUGCAGAUGAAUGAGUUCUGUAGACAUAUUCCUGGUGUCCUGGUUAUUCUUUGACAUAUGUUUCAUUUCAUUCCUUUCCAUUCUGUUUACUUGUUUUUCCUGCUGUGUAAAAUCUUCUUGUGUAAUAUGGUUAUUGCCUUUAACAAAUACAGUUAUGGAAGA